AUGGGCAAUUGUCUCCCUUGUUUUGGAAAGUCUAAAGUGGAGGAUCCCAAAGAUGGGGUUACUGCAUCGGAAACUCAGAGUCUGGAAGAUUUAUCUUUCAGUCUCCGGUCGUCAACAGAAAAAUAUGAUCGGGAAGAAGAACCAAAGCCAACAAGGCGAUUGGAAAAACUGAUCAUAUCUCCAACGUUAAUUGACGAAAUCAGUACAACACAGAGUGAAGUCGCAGAUACAGUCACACUAAGAGCAAAUGUUUUGAGAGGAACAGAAGUAUUAUCUCGACCCAAGUUCAUUGUGGAGGAUCUGUUCACUACAUCCACUUGUACUAUGUAUGAGAUUGAGUCUAUUAAGAAUGAAGUGGCAGAUUCGAACUACGUUGAAAUAGAACCUAGCCAAAGCGAUACCACGGAAAGGGAAAGGAGAUCUCUAGUAAUCAGUCGUUGGAUCAGAAGGCGACUGGCAACUUAUGCGAGAAAGUUCGUCUCAUCUCUUAGUGUUGAUGAUCCGGAAUCCUGGACUCAGUAG